ACGCUGCGCCUCGCGGAUCGGUGAAGAUGAAGGCGCAGUUUAUGACUGGCGCAGAUCUCUGCGUCAGGGGCGUCCCGCUUGCUCUACCUUGAUCAGGAAGAAGCGACAUUACCCGGGGAAUUGCCAGCAGGUUUCCAGUACCUGCCAUCAUGUCUGUGUCUCAGGAUGAAGCGAAGAUUCCUGCAGAGAACCCUUCAGUCGCCUCGGCUUCUGAGCUCAGGUGUCCCAUGUGCCUGCAGCUUUUCUCUGAGCCCGUUUCUCUUCCCUGCGGACACGUCUAUUGCUUCCCGUGCCUUAAGACCAUGGAAGAAGGCCUCGACCAACACAGGUGCCCAGAAUGUCAAGCUGAAUACCAAGGAACCACGGCUCUUGUGAAAAACGGCAAAACGAGCAAAACCGUAGAGCCCUGCGAAGCCACCGCUGGGACAACGUCCUCCCUUGCAGACCCCCCCGAUGUCCUUCAUGUUACAUCCAAGAGCGGGAACGCUUUUGCCGUGGAUCAAUCAGCUGGAGAAAGCCAAUACCAUAGAGAGGGGUACAAGGCAAAGGGCUGUGAGACUGAGUCUGCAUCCGGAAAAGUUCCAGUGCCUGCAAAAGGUAGCAGCAAAGGCAAAAUGGAGAUGGACGAACCCAAGUUUAAGCUAGCAUCGCAAGUCACGGAGCUUCACUUGAAGUUAGAGGUCGCAGAGGGCGUUCUGAAGCGAGAAAAGGAAUGGGAGCUCCAGGUGACAACUUUGAACUCUCAGUUGAGAGAUAAAAUAUCCCGGCUGCUGCUGCAGCUGAAGGACUCUGUGCAGAGCUACAGUGACCAGGUGGUACAGGUCGUUGAGAAGGAGUUGGGUCCGGGCGAAGCCAGCAUCGGCGGCAGAGUCGAUCAGACGGCUGAGCUGGCGAAACAGCUGAGGCGCGCUGUGCUCACAGCGGAGUCCCUGCUGACCGAAGAGGACGAGAAGGCGUUCGGCGACGAGCUCCAGAGUCUCAAACCCAACAUUGAGGAGCUGCUGGCAAAACCGCUGAGGGAAGACGAAGGCUUUGCUGAAACAGCGGUCAACCCUGCACGAGCCUGUCCCAAGCUGGAGGUCAUGAACGCUGCGCUGAGGGAACAGCUCGGAGAGAUUCAGCGCUCCCUGCGCAACACCCUCAACCCGUCCGAGCUGACCUUCGACCCGGAAACGGCUCACCCCAAUCUCAUUCUGUCAGAGGACCUGAAGACGGUGACUUUCAGCACCGUGAAGCAGUCCUACCCGUCUUCCCCGCACCGCUUCACCAGCUUUUACCAAGUCCUCACCGCGCAGAGCUUCUCAGACGGCGAGCACUGCUGGGAGGUGGAGCUGGAAGGUUCGCCGUGGAUCGUCGGCAUGUGCUACAGUGGGAAGCUGCCGCGCAGCGGGAUGCCGUCCGCCCUGGAGAGCAGCCGGAGCUCCUGGUGUCUGAUGUGGCACGAUAACCUGCUGACCGCUUUUGAGCAAGGGCACGGCGUGCCGCUGAAGAAGACCACGGUGUCGCGCAGACUUGAGGUCAAGCUCAGCUUCAAGACGCACAGGCUGAGCUUCUACAACGUCAGCCCCACCAGCGGGAAGACGCACAUCUACACGUUUAAGGCCAAUCUAAGCGAAGCGGUGCAUCUCGCCUACAGGAUGAUGUCGGGGCACCCCAAGGGCAGAGUCACCAUUUGCUCAUAAGAAGAACUUUUAAAAAUGAGUGCACAGGAGAAAUUGCUAAGUAACUGUAUCUAGAAUACCAAAUUAGAGAAAAGUGUGUCUUUCCAUAGAUUUCACCAACUUGUUUAUGUGUGUAAUUCAGAGGCGUUUGCACUUGUUGGAAGCAGCUGUUCAGCGUGAGAUCUUUUUUUUUUUGGAUGUGCAGAAAUGGUGGGAUUGCCAUGUUUGUGGUGCCAUAACAUUUCCAGGAAAUGAACAAGCUCAGACAGCUCAAUGGCGGCGUGAUCGCAGUCACAGUUGCAGCUUUGGCAUGUGGCCAAAGAUGACCAAGCCACUUUAUUUUAGGCAGGUUUGAACCACAUGUCACAGAUAAGCAACCGCUGCUGCCAUCGGGUUCCUGCGUACCGCUACCCCUUGCUGCCACCACAGUGAUGAAGAACCACAUCCCUCGUUACAUAAAAUAAUUCAGAAGGGGAAAAACAAAACAAUAGAUGUCUCUCUCGGCAUAAAAACACGUGUAGCUGAGAUUCUAAUUGCCGUGGAAGAUUGUGAGCUACAUUGAUACGUGAAAAGUUGUGGUAUCGAUUAAGUGCAGUGCUUUUAAUGUUAUGUCCAUUGUAAUAUAUUUAGCAAUAAAAGAUUCACAUUCAAAAAUUG